AUGGACCUAUCCUCUCAAUUCCCACCUCCUCCGAAACCAAGUCAAACCGGUGGCGAAGAUUCCAGUAUGUCAACUCUGGCCUUACAUCAACGGACCUUGCCAUCCCGCUCGAACCAAAUGAUGGAGGGAGAGCAGCGGCCAAGAUCGGGGAUGGAGAGGGUUGAGCUUCCUCCAAUCCGACAAGCAAUCCCCGAGAUCCAGCUAGGGGUGCAACAUAUUGCUCCAAACUAUAGACCUGAUACCACGUCCUAUUCUACUAUGACUGGGCAAGGGCCUGUGGGUUCUGACGAGCGUCAACAAUCACCUUCUCUGAAUAAACGUAGGAGACUUUCAUUCGGUGCGGACUAUCAGUGGGAUAGAGAACAAUCCACUCCAAGAAUAUAUAAAUCUGAUGGAGGUUCGGGAGGUCAAGAAAUGCCAGCCACCCCUGGCGAAUCGUGGUCGGAGGCAAGUCGAGAUAACGCCUAUGCUCCUUCGCGAGGGCUCCCAGCUGUGAGAUCGGCAUCGAGGCCGGAUCUUGAAAAUGCUAACCGAUCAGAUUGGAGGCCAACACUUCCGAUUCUGCCUCAUUUAUCUGUUGAUGAUGGCGCAUCCCAUAUAUCCCGAGCUCCUACCGGUGCUGCCGAUUAUCCGUUGGACGCAUAUCGCUCAAGAUCUCGCACGUACCCUCAACCAACAACAACUUUCGACCCGGCUACUUCAUAUCAUCAACCUACCGCUUCUUACGGCUUUCAACCUCCGCAAGGAGAGUCAUAUCCCAGUGGCUCAGGUCACCCACUUUUACAUGAACCAAUGCCGUUCUCAAAAGGUGGCAUGUACGCUGGCAACAGUUCGCCAUAUAUCAUGAACGACCCAGGGCCGGACACCAAGCAGAGAAGACGGAGAGGCAAUUUACCAAAGGAGACAACUGACUUACUGAAGGCGUGGUUUAUGGGUCAUUUGCAACAUCCAUAUCCGACAGAAGACGAGAAGCAGGACCUGAUGAGGCAAACAGGCUUGCAAAUAAAUCAAAUUUCGAAUUGGUUCAUCAACGCACGGCGGCGGCGAUUGCCUGCGAUGAUUAACAGCGCACGCGCAGAAUCGGAUGCCAGAACUGCCAGGGCCGGGGAGGGUGGCACAGCUGACCAAAGUUCCGAGAGGGCCACAUGGGGCAAUGCCUCCAUUGAGGGGAGUGACGCGGAGGGAAGCAUUUAUGAUGAUGAAUAUGACGCGACGUGA